CUGGAAUGUUCAGUCUGUGUUUGCAGAAGCCAGUUUAAAAUAAAAUAAAAAUAUUUAAUGAUUUUUCAUAUCCAGUUUCGGGAAAAGUGUUAAUAUCUAUUGGUUCAAAAAUAGUAAUAAUUUGAAACAAUAUUUUGUGUUCGAAAUUUAAAAUUGAAGGGAACUUGGCACAGGCUGGCUUAAUAUAACCAGGCACCAAUGGUGUCCUCAAGCUGAGUUAUUGCAACCUUCGCCAUAUCGUCCAAAAUGACAACUUUAUUCCGAAAGAAACCUUUUAAAAUCCUAAACACGUAUCUUAACACGUAAAGUGGAAGUCAAAGUGACUUUAUUAAACUUAUAAAGUGUAGAUUAAGGGAGUGAAGUGAAAGUGAUUGUUCCUAUAAUUUAUUUUUAAAUUAAUUUAAAGUGAUAUUAGUUAGUGCCAUUUAUGAUAGUGACCAUGUAUUUGUGGGGAUUUUUUCUGGUUGUGGUGGCUGUGAGGGCCGACAGGAGUAAACUGCCGCCGACUUGUGAUAGCAUGAUAUACUGCCAUGGCCCACUGCUGGACACGGUGCAGAUGGCAGGCCUCUACAACGACUCCAAGACCUUCGUCGACAUGAAGAUGAGGGGUCCUGCCAACGUCACCAUGGACAACUUCUACGCCAUGAUGAAUAGGACAGGUUCGCGACCUACGAAGGUGGACAUCCAGCUGUUUGUGAGUGAGAACUUCGAACCUGAAGGGUCGGAGUUCGAGGACUGGCGACCGACCGAUUGGAAGGAUAACCCUGCAUUUCUCCAGCGAGUGAAGGACCCGUUACUCCACCAAUGGGCGUCAGAUCUGAACCGACUGUGGCUGCAGCUAGGACGGAAGAUGAAGGAUGAAGUCAAAUAUCACCAGGAACAGUACUCCAUCAUCUAUGUGGACAACCCCGUUAUUGUGCCUGGGGGCAGGUUCCGCGAGUUCUACUACUGGGACUCGUAUUGGAUCAUCAAGGGUCUGCUUCUGUCGGAGAUGCGGUCCACAGCCAGGGGGAUGGUGUCCAACUUCCUGGACAUCGUCGAGAGGAUCGGCUUCAUACCCAACGGAGGCAGGAUCUACUAUGCCAUGAGGUCUCAACCUCCGCUGCUAAUCCCGAUGGUGCAGUUGAUAAUGGAGGACAUGUUCGACGAGAACUUCCUGCGCCAGCACAUUCACACCCUGGACAAGGAGUUCGACUUCUGGAUGACCAACCACACCAUCGACAUCGAACAUAAUGGACGGAAAUACAAAUUGGCGCGAUAUAGUGACAUGUCGCAGGGACCCCGUCCUGAGAGUUAUAAGGAAGAUAUUGAUUGCGCUAAACAUUUUGACACAACAGACAAAAAAGAAGAGUUAUACGCGGAACUAAAGGCGGCUGCCGAGUCCGGUUGGGACUUCUCCUCACGAUGGUUCAUACUAAACGGUACCAAUAAAGGCAACCUAACGAACCUGAAGACGCGGUCCAUCAUCCCGGUAGACCUGAACGCCAUCAUGUGCUGGAACGCUGAACUCCUGGCGGACUUCCACCGGAGACUGAACAAUGUCGAGCAAGCCGAGUACUACAGGAAUGUGCACGCGCGCUUCAUGGACGCCAUAGACCAGGUCUUAUGGCAUGAAGACGUGGGUGUCUGGCUGGACUACAGUCUGGAGUCCAGUAGGCGGCGAGACUAUUUCUACCCCUCCAACGUGGCCCCCUUGUGGACUGGCGCCUAUGAUCGAGCCAAGAAAGACUACUAUGUUCCCAGAGUCAUCAAUUAUUUGGAUAAGGUUAAGGUGGAUAUAUUCGAGGGCGGUAUACCAACGACGUUCGAGCAUUCCGGCGAACAGUGGGACUACCCUAACGCAUGGCCGCCAUUGCAGUACAUUGUGGUCACAGGCCUAGCGGAGAGCGGGGUGACUGAGGCCAUGAAACUAGCGAGCGACAUGGCGACCAAGUGGGUACGCAGCAACUUCGAAGUUUGGAAGAAGAAAACUGCCAUGUUGGAGAAGUACGACGCGACAAUCUUCGGUGGGAUUGGCGGUGGUGGAGAAUACGUCCUGCAGACUGGCUUCGGAUGGACCAAUGGAGUUGUCAUGGCUCUCCUCAACACAUACGGAGAAAGUAUAUCGGCAGCGGAUGCAUUCGGCUCGGCGACAGCGGAGUCCGGGGCGGUGGUCGGAGCGCACGUGGGCGCGAGUGGGGUCAUCACGUCACUUCUAGUCGUGCUCGCAUCCGUGACUGCUGGAGCACUUGGGCUUAUGGUGUACAGAAAGCGGCAGGGCUAUGCCCCCCUCACCGGCAACGAGGACGUCCGUCUCCUGUCUCGGAAGCCCUACACCGAACUACAGAGUCUCAAUGGCGCCUCCACUUCGAGACAGCGGUGAAUGCAAUUCCAAAACUACUAUUGUAAUGUAACUCACUUGAGAGCAAUGGUGAGAAACUAGUGAGUUUAAGUUCCUGCUACUAUAUUGGUCUUAUUGGCUUUUGGAUGUGUCAUCAAAAAAAUAUAAUACCUAAUGGUGGGAAGUAAAUAUGACUACCCGGAAUCUUGGAUGUAAGAAAGAAAGAAAGAAACAUUUAUUAUUUAGGACACCACAGACACGGAUUACGGAUGUAUGGGCUAUGUUCCCUUUGCCUGUAAAAAUAACCAAAAACAGUAUAGCUGGAAUCAGGGCAAAAACAACAUGAGGUGCCUACUAAAUAGAUAAUUUAAAAAACUGUAAACAUUCUUUAAAUGCAGACAAAAAAUAACCAUAACAAAACAUAAUAAGUAAUCAACAAUAGCAAACACAACCAAAAGCCAAUAAGAGUUUAAAAAAAGUUAUUUGAACGCCGAAUCUUCUUUAAAAAUAGAAUUUAAUUGUGUUGUUCGAAUAUAAAGUAUCAAUUUCAACAAUAUGAAAACCAUGAAUACAGAUAGUCAGGGCUGUUUUGUCCGAAAUCUUCCAAAUGUACAAGUGUUGAAAUUAUUAAUAGCAUUAAUAACUUCAGACCACUGCAAUUAUAUUUUAUGAAUAUGUUUAGAGACGCGGUAUUAAUAAAAACCUUUUUUUACGAAACUCAGAUAUAUAAGUACGGAAUGUGCUGAGGUGGCAAGGAACUUAUAAAAUGUACGAAAUCUUCUCACUCAGUUACGUCAUGAUAUAUCGGUGAUAAGAAUGACUGACAGCUAAAAAGGCGGGAAAGCUGCAAAUUUAAUUUAUUCUGUGCUUUAUUUCUUUUAAUUCCACAGAUCAAGAAUCUACGUGAAAAGUAAAUAAAGGUGUUUUAUCGUACCACGUCUGAUAAAUGAAUAUUAUAGUAUAAAAAUAAUGAAAAUGGCGUUUGUAUGAUACCAGUUCUACACGUGCUGUGAAUGAAUUAAGCUCUUGUAUAUAUAGUGAUAAGAAUCAUUUUCAGAUGGCUCAUAUUUUAAGCUUGACUCUCGUUUUGAGUUCAAUAUUUUAUUUAAACAAAUCAAUUAUUUUAUGAUAUAAUCUCUAAUGAUUAAUUUUAAACCGUAGCCAAUUUAUGAUUGAGUUUGGGAAAAUAGUAAAAUGUAAUGUAUUACCUUACAUUACCAUGCUACUUCAGUACGAGUACAAAAAAAUAAUGACCCAAUCGCAAAAGUUAAGUUUUAUUUUUAUACCUUUUUGUAAUUUCAUACAUAAAAUCAAAGUAUAACUCACUAUUAUUCCUCGACACAAUGUAAAUAUCAUACAAACACUGUUUGCGCGGUUUAAUCUCCAAAGAUUUAAUAGCUUGAUUUAUUAAAUACGCUUUAACAUCGAGUUUUAAGAGUGUUCCUAGACUUAUUUUAAUUAAAUUGGCAUACACCAUUCAAAAUUAUACGUCAACUUCUCAACACCCAUUCGCGUCAAAAUUUGAUAAAAAGUAACUAUUUAAGCAAUUUCUCAAUAAGUUUAGAAACACCAAAUUAAUUUAAGAAUUUAAUCUCGUCUCUUAGUCCAAAAUAAAUAAGCUCAAUUUAAAUUAAUAACUCCCGUUAAUCAAUAUAUGUGUGUACUUUUGAAAAAAAAACAGGCGUUUCAAAAUAACAUUUUCAUUUCUUGUUGGUCUUGUCUUUCAUUUCGUGUUUAUCAGGGGGUUAAAAAGGCCGCAUUAAAGCAAUUUAUCUAAAAAGCAAUAUUGAAAUCCGAAUGUUUAGAGUUUAUACCCCCUUUUUCCACAGAAGCUUCUUAAAAGCUUAUUUAGCUUAGGAAAAUGACAGUUAAAAAUAAAAUACCGGUAAAAUUUGGCCAUUUUGUAAACCAGGUAUAUCUUUUAAUGACUCUUGUAUUUUCGUUCAUACCUUUCUAGAAAAGUGAACAAAUCAAUAGUCAUCCAUCAAUAUAUAUAUAUUUUUAAUUCUUUUUUUACAUUUCUAAGUGUAUUGAUGAGUAUUAUUAGGUAAAGUAGUAUUAAUCAUAGUUGUAAGUAGCCAAUUUUUUUUUAAAUACGUAUAAUGACAGACGUAUUAAAGUUAUGUUUUAUCUUCAUUGAAAAUUUAUUUAUUUUUAACAUUAUUCAUAAUUUAUAGCAAAUCCAGUAAUUUAUUAUAUCUAUUGAAAUUUCCUUUUUAGAAAUCGUUGAAAUGAAUCUAAACAACAAACAAUCCAUUGUAAUUCUUUAAUAUAACAAUAUUUUUGACGUGAAAUAUAACUUUAACAUGACUGUGUUUAGGUUGUAAUUUAUGUAGAUUAUACUUUUUAAACGUUAUUGCAUUUAUUAAAAAGAAAAUGUUACGUUGGAACGCUUUUCGUAUACGUUUUCAAAAAGCAAUUUCUUAAUAAAAAAAUAUUCUUUAAAUAUGUGACAUCAAUAUUAUAUUACGACAUCAAAAUGGCAACAAUGAAACCUAAAGGACUUCUAGAACAAAAUCGACAGGACAAGACAGCUUAACGUUUAUGUUUUUUUUUGUCAUAGCCAAAUAAUCUUUUGAUAUGGCCAGUGGAAAAAUACAAUGCAUCUUUAUAAUUUCAAAACUUUUAAUGUAUCUCAAAUGUCUUAAGUCAAAAUAUGCGAGAUUAUUUAAUUUUAUUAUAAUUAAAAACAAAAAUUGAGCUUAAAUUGUAAUUUAUAAUCUAUGGUGCUGGUCACCAAAAUACGACUAAACGUGAGACCUUGAUUUUUCACUUCAUAUUUUAUUUUGUAAAUAUAGUGAACAUCAUGACAUAAUCAAGUUAACUUUUAUUUUCAAGGAUGGAUUAAGUUCUAUAAGGUAUUUUAUGUGAGCAACUUUUGUGGUACCAUAUUUGAAAAAUAUGUUUAUUUGUGCCGUUUCCAUGAGGUGUGUGAUAAAAAGGUUUUUUCCAAAUAUUGUAUAACAAAUUUAUGUAAUUUUUAAUCAUGAAAUAAAUCAUUUUUUCAAUUUAAUUCAUGUUUAUUGCGGGAUGGAACUUUUCUUAGUCAAAAAUUUAAUGUUACAAGAUUGUUUGAACAUUUUUUAUUAAUGUCAAAAAAGUUUCAUCUUAUAUUAAUUGUAUUUAGUAAAAGAAUGUGAGUAUAAAUUUGUAAUCACUCAAUUUAUUUCCAUUAUUUAGUUAGCGGUUGUGUAUUGAAAUGUGGCUUUGAAUCGAGCGAGGAGUAAUUCGGCGCUUUGAAAUUCGUAGUAAAUUAACAUAGUAAUUGUAAUCCAUACCCGCUCGUUUUGAAGCCCCAUGAAAAAGUAUUUUUAUUUUAGUAAUUUUAUUUAUUUUUUAAAUGAAAUCUCAGUUAGUAUUUCGUAGUUUUUAUUUAGUAUCUCACUUUAGAUACAAAUGAUUAUAAUUUAUAACGGUCAUACAAAAGCAGUCGAAAAGGUAACAUGGUGUUAAUACAUAUAAAAUAUGACUGUCUGAACAACUUUUUUUUUAUCAGAACCUAGUGAUUGACGUCAAGAUACGAUUUGAAUAUUACUUUUGUGAUAUGAAAUUGCCAGCCAUCAGUGACAACGUUACCAAAAUCAGUCCAGUGGUUUUGCAACAUUUAUAUUUGAUAGCUAAAAUAUUAUGACCGUUCUUAUAGACCUUCAAACAGCUUAUUUGUGAUAUUUUGUAAAUAACUUGACAUUUUAAUUAUGUAGCCAUUUCGUUCCUAGGAAAAUUGUUUUGUAGAUUAUACGUAUUCUCAGUUGUUUUCGAUUAGUUACUGUUUUGGCAUUAAAUUGAAUUAUAGAGGGCAGCACUUGCCUUUUAAAUAAAAGACAAAGAAUGGCAUGACUGGAUGGCUAAUAUGAUUAUAAUUUAUUUUAUUUCCUAUUUUAGUUAUGUUAUGGCCCCGAUUCCUGCAGAGACCUCCUAAUUUUAUUUUAAGUUAUAUCCAUCAUUUUCUUAUCCGCCGAAAAGGAAAAGGUAUAACAUAAAUUAAAAUAAGAUGGUGUUUACUGGAAUCAGUACCUAUGUAUGAUUAUUAAUAGAUAAUGGAAACCUGAGAGAAUAUAAGAUAAUGGUGAUAGUCGAAUGCUGUAAGUAAAUGUUAAAAAUACUGCCUAUAAUUCAAUUUAAUUCCCAAUAUUACUCGGUCAUUUUCCCUCCAAUUUUUUGUAAAUGGCACUCAAAAUUUUAAGUAACUCAUCAAAUAUUGCAUUAAAAUGUUUAUUUAAAAUCUAGUUUUUUAUAUGUUUUUCUUUUAAGUACUUUUAUGAACUGUUAACUAUAAAAGACCUUAAAAAAGAAAUGGACUAAGUAGGGUACUUGUUAAUCAGUUAUGUUUCUUAAAAUCUUGAGUGCCAUUUUAUAAUAUGGAUAAAAAUAAAAUAUGAUUUAGACCGCAGUAAGAUAAUGUGAUGCCAUCGUGUAUUAGUUUAUAGAAUUUUGACAAAUAAAUAAGAAAUCUAUUUUAA